AAUCGCAUUAGUGUUCCACUAUGCAUCGCCCGUGACUCUAAUGGUCUGUGACUGUAAUCCAUCUCUCUCCAUUUUUUAAUUUUAAUUUCCGUUAUUUUUUUUAUCAAUUUCCUCAAAUAUUUAACUCAUUUCCAUAUAUAUACACACACAUCAUUCUCUAAUGGCAUGUUCGAAACUAUCCCAUCAUCAUGUCCUCCGUUCUCAUCCUUCUCUUCUCUCUCUUCCUCUUAGCCUCUCCCUCUUCCUCCUCCCGCCACCACCAUCACCACCACAACAAGUCUCCUCCGCUCAACCCUUCGUCCUCUACCGCCUCUCAGAUCCGUCUCGCCUGCAACGCAACUCGCUACCCAGACCAAUGCCUCUCUUCUCUAUCCCAACCAGGUCUUGUCCCUCCAGAUCCCAACCCAUCUCAGAUCAUCCACUCAGCAAUCUCCGUCUCUUACCAAAACCUCGAAACAGCUCAGUCCAAAGUGAAGUCUAUCCUGGACGCGUCCGUAGGGAAUCUAAACCGCACCAACGCCGCGAACACGUGCCUCCAGCUCUUAUCUUACUCCAAACACCGAACCUUAUCGACGGAUAACGCUCUGACACGUGGCCGAAUAAAAGACGCUCGCGCUUGGAUGAGCGCUGCUCUCGUGUACCAAUACGAUACAUGGUCAGCGCUCAAGUACGUCAACGACACAGCGCAAGUCGGCGAAACGAUGUCGUUUCUCGACGGGCUCAUCCACGUCACCAGUAACGCGCUAAGCAUGAUGGUGUCGUACGAUAACUUCGGAGACGACUUAGCGUCGUGGAUUCCACCAGCAACGGAACGAGACGGGUUCUGGGAGAAGACUGGGCCGGGUAUGGGCUCGGAUCCGGGUGCUUUGGGCUUCCCUUCCGGUUUAAAAGAAGACGUUACGGUCUGUAAAACCGGAGAAUGCGGUUACAAGACGGUGCAGGACGCCGUUAACGCGGCGCCUGAUAACAACGGAGUGAGUAAGUUUGUUAUAAAGAUUAGCGAGGGAGUGUAUGAGGAGACCGUUAGGAUUCCGUUUGAGAAGAUGAACGUCGUCUUCGUAGGAGACGGCAUGGGCAAAACGGUCAUUACGGGAUCUUUGAACGCCGGGAUGCCUGGGAUGACCACGUACAACACUGCAACUGUCGGAGUGGUAGGAGAUGGAUUCAUGGCUCGUGACAUAACCUUCCAAAACACGGCGGGACCAGACGCUCACCAAGCGGUAGCCUUUAGAUCCGACAGCGACUUUUCUCUGCUCGAGAACUGCGAGUUCCUUGGGAACCAAGACACACUCUACGCACAUGGACUUCGUCAGUUCUACAAAAGCUGCCGUAUCCAAGGGAACGUUGACUUCAUCUUCGGAAACUCAGCUUCAGUCUUCCAAGACUGCGAGAUCCUCAUCGCGCCGCGUCAAGUUAACCCCGAGAAGGGCGAGAAAAACGCCGUCACUGCACAAGGGAGAAUUGACCCGUCGCAGUCAACGGGGUUCGUGUUCUUGAACUGUUUGAUAAACGGAACGGAUGAUUACAUGAAGCUGUAUAAAGCUAACCCUAAGGUGCAUAAGAACUUCUUGGGGAGGCCGUGGAAAGAUUACUCGAGGACUGUGUUUAUAGGUUGUAAUAUGGAGGCUUUGAUAACGCCUGAUGGUUGGCUGCCGUGGAGUGGGGAUUUUGCUCUUCAGACGUUGUUUUAUGGAGAGUCUAAGAACACGGGUGUGGGAUCAGAUAGGUCGCAGAGGGUUUCGUGGAGCAGUGAGAUACCAGAUGAGCAUGUUCAUGUGUACUCGGUGGAUAACUUUAUUCAAGCUGAUGAGUGGGCUUUGAUGUCUAGUUGAAUCAGGUUAUGACUAAAGCUUUGUAAGAAGAAAACCUUGUCAUCUUACUUUAGUUGAAAAAGUUACAAAAAGAUAUCAAAACAUUUCAUUCUUGUUAGUUAUAUCAACUGAAAGUUUAUAUCUAAAUUGAAUUAAAA